UUGUUUUAAAGUCCCAUUUCCCAAAAAUGCAAUCCCGCGUCUCCCAAAUCCACUCGCUCCAGUCUUCCCUGGUCAAACAUCGUAGGCGCCUGCAUCGCCUAAAAUCCUGCUUGGCCAAGCUCAGGCUGAACGAGACCUCUCUGGUCAUUACCAAAAUCAGUGAGCUACUGAAAAUUUAUCAAGAGGUGAAGAAGAAGCACAGUUUUUAUAGAUCCGCAAGUAACACAAAAUCCCUCAAGCUCAGCUUGCUCCAAAACCUAAACCUCCGCUUCACAGCCCAAGACAGGGCCAACAUAAGUCAGCUCCAACAAAAAAUUGAAUCCAUCGUAAAUUCCCUGAAGCAGCCCUUCCUGAAGCACUACAUUAAGACCUACACUGAGAGGAGGGCAAAUAAUUUAGUUUAA